AGGCAAGCAGUGGCUUUAAGAAAAAGCUCCGGAGUCACCGACCCGACAAAGAGCAGUCCCAGAGCUCAGUCAAAAAGGACACAAGUCAGAACUCUAGGGUUUGGCUUGAGUUACAGAUCACAUCAUGAGCUGGGUUAGUAGUUCAGGGUGCAGCUCUUUUGAGAAAGGAGGAGUGGAGACCAUGGGCACUGUAGAAUUUUGUAAAAGCUGUUUGGAACCAUUUAGGCCAGCAACCACAAGCCUAUCGGCCACUACGGUGGAACACAUCUCCGUAAAACACCCCUUGGUAAGAACAGGAGACACAGACAUGUGCAGCGAAGGUGAAAAGACCCCCCCCACACACACACACAUUACUACUAGGGGUGCAGAUCAAAGCCAUCUCACAUCUCAUACAACGGUUACUACCAAAACCAAUAAAAUAAAUUUGGUCAGGAGGCAGAAAAGUUGGAACCCUGGGGUAUUGUUGCUAGAACUUUAAAACGGUGCAGCCACCAUGGAAAAGCAUGGAGGGCCCUCUAAAAAAUAGGACUACCGCUUAUAGUCCCUCAUGGCGGCCGUAGGGACUUGGGCGCGGCGCGGCGGUGACUGAGCUGCGAGCCUAGUGGGCGUGCGCCGAGCCACGUGCCCCCGACCCCCGGGCUGUUCACCCUGAUGCUGCACGGGUGCUGAGCCCGUCCGGGUCGGGACGAUGGUGAAGUAUUUCCUGGGCCAGAGCGUGCUCCGAAGUUCCUGGGACCAAAUGUUCGCUGUCUGGCAACGGUACCCGAAUCCCUAUAGCAAACAUGUCUUAACGGAAGACAUAGUACACCGGGAGGUGACCCCUGACCAGAAGCUUCUGUCUCGGAGACUCCUGACCAAGACCAACAGGAUGCCACAUUGGGCAGAGCGACUUUUUCCUGCCAACGUUGCUCACUCGGUGUACAUCCUGGAGGACUUGAUUGUGGACCCACAGAACCAGACCAUGACCACCUACACCUGGAACAUCAACCACGCCCAGCUGAUGGUGGUGGAGGAACGAUGUGUUUACUGUGUGAGCUCUGACAACAGCGGCUGGACCGAAAUCCGUCGGGAAGCCUGGGUCUCCUCCAGCUUAUUUGGUGUCUCUCGAGCUGUCCAGGAAUUUGGCCUUGCCCGGUUCAAAAACAAUGUGACCAAGACGAUGAAGGGCUUUGAGUACAUCUUGGCCAAGUUACAAGGGGAAGCUCCUUCCAGUACACUCGUUGAGACAGCCAAAAAGGCCAAAGAAAAAACAAAGGAGAUGGCACUGGCAGCUACAGAGAAGGCCAAGGACCUGGCCAACAAGGCCGCCACCAAGCAGAGCAGCAGCUGGUGUAGCUGCUCCCUUCCUCUCCAUUCUCCUCACUGUACUUGAUUAUUAAAGAUGCGC